GAUUUAGGGCCAACAGAUUCUACAAAUGGCGUAGUUAGUAUAUAAUAUAUCGAUAAUCAGUUGAGUCUUCAAGUUCUUUAUCACGUUUACAAGCAAUUUUAUUUGUUUAAAUCAUUAAAAAGGUUGUUCUUAUUUUUGAAUCAAAUCACAUCCAGGAGUUGGAAACUGGUUCACAUUCGUGAAGAAGUAAGCUGACUGAAAUGAUGGAUUCAGAUAAAUCGAGUGAGGAUCAUCAACCGAGCCACCACAAUGAUCCAGUGAUUUCUGAAGAUGAAGAGGCAGCACAACAGAUGGAAAAACUCCGUUUGGAAACUAUGAUUGAUUCUAUCACAUGGAAUGAUGCAAUUUUUAACGAAAAGUUUUUACCAAUGGCAAAAAUAAGUAACAAGGUCACUAUAGCCGAUGCGAUACCCGCUGCGAAAGCUCUACUAAACUGGUAUGUUCAUGGGAUAAAACCAAAGUAUUCAUCGGAUGCCAUACUCUUCGUUUUUUAUGCAAUGACCAUGCGUAUAGAUGAUCGCUAUUAUGGCAUUAACGAAGAAAAAAAUAUAUUCCCCUCAAUCUUAAUGGAAGGAGAAACUUCUUUAAAAAAGCCAGAUAAAACUGAAAAGAUUGAAGAAAUUAAAUAUACGAGUCCGAUUCGUUGGCCCUUUAAAAGAGAUGAAUCAUCACAAUCUAAAUCUUUAAAAGAGAAUAAAUCAACUAUUCCUAAAACAGUAAAUUUUAUAGAACAAGACGUCAAACGUUGGUAUAACACAUUAUGGGAGGCUUUGGAUCACGAUUCAGAAAAUAUGGACGAAGAAAAUAAAAAAAAACAAAAAUUUGCUAUCAAUUUAAUAGGGUUUCUGUACAUAAAUUUACAGAGACUCGCUAUAAAAAACAAAAUUAAGGUUUGUGAACAUAUUACAUCAAGAGUAUUGAAGGCAUUUUUCAAUAUAUGGAGUUCAAUAACAGAAUUUUCUGGUAUGAUAGAUAAGAUCAUUCCACCUACGUCUGCAAUGGUUUCAGAUUUUAUUAAAGACUAUAAAAAAUAUAAUUUUAACAGUAUGAGAUGUUUAGCUGCAAUAGUAGCUGCUUUUGGAAGUAUACAUAAAAAGCCGGAGUUAUACCGAAUUCAAAGAGCUCUAAAAGCAGGAUGUUUGUACACAUUAGAAUUAAUAGAAUUGGAUAUAGUAAAAUGGAUUUGCAAAGUAGAAAAUUUAUACAAGAACAAGCUAUUAGAACUGAUAAAAGCUAUGAUCACCGAAAGACAUCAUGAAACUACCGCGGCUUUAUACAAUUUUAUUGAAUGUUUUUUCGUAAACUCAGAGGAAUAUACUUGGCGUUGGGCCAGAAUGUUUUCUAAUGAGGCAUUCCCUAAACUACGUGUAAAAGAUAAUCCUGAAUACGCAAUGACCAUGUUCAGCAUUUCUAUCGGAAAUGAUCCUAAGCACCCACUGUGGAACACUAUAUUUGGUCGGUUUGAUAGCACAGGAAAAAUAAAAAAAGCAGCAUUGAAAAUGGGGAUCCAUAUAGAAAUAGAUGAUGACAACUCCUAACAAGUCUCAGCAUUAUUUAGCACGUAUUUACAUGCAUAUGGUUAAGAAGAAUGUUUAAAUAAACAAACUCACAUUUUGUUUUUAUUCAUCAUUAUAAUUAUGUUUAUUGCUAUUCAAUUCGAUUAACUAUUAAAAACAAUGAUUUGAUCUAUCGAAUAAUAAUCCUUAUUUUAAUUAUUUUAGAAAAUAUUUAAAAAAAAAAUCA